AUGACUACAGAAUUGUCAACAACUGCAAUGCUGAGUCAUCACGAAACAAUUAAUUUACUGAGUGAAGAUACCAAUAUAACGAAUAAUGAAACUAAUGAUCAAGAAAUUAUAGAUUUAAGUAAUGAUAAUGAAGAUAGUGAUAAAGAAAAUCAAUCACAAGCAAGAAAACUGGAAGAUAUAAAGGAAAUAUCAUCAAGUUCAUUUUUAAAUAAUUCAACAACUUCAUCAUCAUCAUCAUCAUCAUCAAAAAAGAGGAAGCUGCCAGAAUCAAAUCAAAUCAAAUUAAAUGAUAAAGAAGCUAAAAAACGUAAAAUCGAAGAAGAAAAACAAUUAAAACGAUUAAAAGCAGAAAAAGAAAAACAAGAAAGAGAAAACAAAAAGCAAGCAGAAUUAGCUGAAAAACAAAGAAAAGCAGAAAUUAAAGAAAAAGAAAGACAAGCUAAAAAACAAUUAGAAUUAGCUGAAAAAGAAGCUAAAAAAAUUAAAUUGGAAAAAGAAAAACAAGAAAGAGAAGCUAAAAAAAAAUUAGAACAAGAACAAAAGGAAGCAAGAAGACAAGAAGAACAACGUAGACGUGAAGAAAGGGAAAAAGAAAAAUUAGAAAAAAAAUUAAGAUGGGAAGAAAAAGAAAGAGUUAGAUUAGAAAAGAAAAGGAUACUUGAAGAAGAGAAAAAAGCAAAAGAAGAAGAAAAGAGGGCAAAAGAAGAAGCUAAAAGGUUAGCUGAAGAAGCUGAAGCAAGGAAACAAUCAAGAAUUGUUAAUUUUUUCCAAGCUAGUCCUCAAAGAGUUAAAAAAGUUGUAAAACCAAUAAAUGAUGAAGGAGAAAGUUCAACUACAUCAACCACUGAAACUGCAAAACCAAGUGAUUAUGAAUCAACUUUCUUACCAUUUUUUGUUCAACAUAAUGUAAGUUUAGAAAAUUCAAAACAAUAUGCUACUCAAUCAACAAAAGAAGAGUUAGAUUCAAUAUUAAUGGGAACAAUAAAAGAUCCAUCAUUUGAUUCAUUUUUAAAUAGUUUAAAAUCAAAUAAAAAGGAAGAAGAAUCAACAUAUACACCAGAAUCUAUAUUAAAUGCUUUAAAUAUUCCAACAACAAGAGAAUAUGAAAUUCAAGAAAUGAUUAAUAAAAUGUCAUCAAUAAGAUAUAUUAGAUUUUAUGAAAAUUCAAAACCUCCUUAUAUUGGAACUUGGUGUUCCAAAAAACAUCAACAAGAAUCAACUCAAAUUUUAAAUAAUCCUUUAAACAUAAAUUUAACUGGUUUAAAUUAUGAUUAUGAUUCAGAUUUAGAAUGGAAUGAAGGAGAAGGAGAUGAUGAAGGAAUUGAUCUUGAUGAUGAUGAUGAAGAAGAAAUUGAAGAAGAAGAAGAUGAUGAUCAAGAUUUUAUUGAACAAGAUCAAUUAAAUCAACAACAACAACAACAAAGAAAGAAUUUGGUUGUAAUUAAUAAAUGGAAUGAUGAAUCAAAUAAAGAAUUUUUUGCAAAUUAUAGAACCGUACAUUUAGUUGAUCUAAAUAGUUUAAAAAUAUAUAAUUAA